CCAACCUCCUACCUCCCUCUCACGCACCAUGGCUAUCAAAUACCUCAUUCUGCUCUCCCGGCAGGGCAAAGUCCGCCUAGCCAAAUGGUUCACGACGCUGGCGCCCAAAGACAAAGCUAAAAUCGUCAAGGAUGUCUCGCAGCUUGUCCUUGCCCGACGAACCCGCAUGUGUAAUUUCCUCGAGUAUAAAGACACCAAAAUCGUCUACCGCCGCUAUGCUUCCCUCUUCUUCAUCGCCGGCUGCGACUCUACCGACAACGAGCUGAUAACGCUCGAGAUUGUUCACCGAUACGUUGAGCAGAUGGACAAAUACUAUGGCAAUGUCUGCGAGCUGGACAUCAUCUUUAACUUCCAGAAGGCCUACUUUAUCCUCGACGAACUGCUCCUCGCUGGCGAGAUGCAAGAGAGCAGCAAGAAGAACGUGUUGAGGUGUAUUGGACAGCAGGACAGCUUGGAGGAUAUGGAGUAUCUCGACUUGAUAGGUCUCAAGGAGGUUGACCAGGCGCUUGAAUUUGACACAGAGAGCUAUUCUAUUAUGGGUAGUUGCGACGCCUACUCAACAAAACCCGCUCGCGACCACAAGGAACUGUACUGUCGCAUUGAGAAGACCCUAGAGGAAAAGUACAAUAGUCUGGUCGCCAGCAUCGACCAGCUGCCGCCUAGUAUCCGUAACACAGUUGCUCCGCAAAUGAACCUGGCCCGAAACACUCCGUUUGGUAGUUUCCAAGAGAAAGCCAAUCGACGUGUCUUUGCGUAUCUGAUUGCCGCUCUCAACGAAACCUAUUCGGACUAUGACUUCGCCAACACUCUCAAUCCGGAUGAUUUCCAGUACGAGACCUUGGAGAAAUUCAAGUUCAACAUUGAGGAGACCAUGCGAAAUUUGCGACCCCACCUGUACUCAUCGGGUCUCCCUCCUGGCGCCAUGACUCCAGACGGCACCCCGAUCUGGAGCCCACGCUCCUGGGAGCAUAUCGACAGCGAAAUGGGUUUAGCGGAGUGCGACAUUUAUCGGUGGAUGCCGGCCCAGGACCCCUUCGAUGGUGAAGAUGGAUCCAUGUGGAGCUUUCACUACAUGCUCUACAGCAAGCGGCAGAAGCGCCUCUGCUACUUGUAUUUUCGCUGUGUCCCGCGUUCUCUUUCGUAUAGCCCUACUUAUCCCGUGUCCUUGAUGGACAGGUAUAAACAUGUGGUGCGCCGUGAGAUGAACGAGGAUGAAGGCUCUAGCAAGAGAGCAGAAUAUUGGUUUGGAGACCGUACUAAAAAUGGAUUACAGUAUGGUGGAUCCGGCAAAUUGGACAAUCGAGUCAUUGAUCAUCCGAAAGAAGAGGUCGUUGAUGCCGACGAAGUCAUGUACUGGCGCGAUCAGGAGGAGACCCUCGGCUUGCAUGAGUAUAGCUCGGCCGAGGAUGAUAGUGACGUCGAGUCUCUCCGAGACCGUGAGAUGAGCCGUGACCGCGAGUGGAGCGCCGCUCAUGAUCGGGAGUGGAGUACUUCCCACGAACGACAGAAGAGCACUGUUCGUUCCAUGAGCCAGGACGUCACCGACCGCAUGGAAGUUUCUCGUUGA